AUGGAUCUCGACGCAGGAGAUUCCCCGUGGGGCGACGUCCCAUCUCAGUCGCCCCCCACCCAUACCGCUCCCGAAACUGACACUCAAGAGACAUCUCCCGACCAACCGACACAGCCAGCUAGCUCCAACAAUGCUUCCCGUUCUCCCGUCCGAAGAGGCCCCAGGGGCACCCGCCGGAUCAAUGCGCAGGCGACCAAGUUAGAAGCCGUCGACGAUUCUUUCGACCCCCUCGGUCCGCUUGGAGACAAGGCCACGGAAAGCAGCCCCAACGAACAGGCUCCGACCCCACCGCAAAAGGAGGCGUUCGGCGCGCGCGGCGUGCGUCCGACCUCUUCGGCAUCGCAGGCAUCCAGUAGUGCGGCGCUGGGAGAGUCUGUAAACCUUGAAGAGGAUGGUGCGGGAUUCCGAGGCCCUCCGCCGGUCCAGCCCCCGAGUGAUGUGGAGGGGUCAAAGCGACAGUCCGAACCCAGCAUCAGCGUCGAGAAGGCCGCGAAUCCGACUUUUGACAUCACUGUUGGCGACCCGCACAAAGUUGGAGAUCUCACGAGCAGUCAUAUCGUGUAUCAAGUCAGGACGAAGACGACCUCUAAAGCCUACAGACAACCGGAGUUCACGGUCAGCCGGCGAUACCGCGACUUCUUGUGGCUCUACAACUCCAUGCACAACAACAACCCCGGUGUCGUUGUUCCUCCACCCCCGGAGAAGCAAGCAGUAGGUCGGUUCGAUACGAACUUCGUCGAGUCUCGAAGAGCUGCCCUGGAGCGCAUGUUGAACAAGAUUGCGGCGCAUCCCAUUCUUCAACAUGAUGGGGACCUGAAGAUUUUCCUGGAGAGCGACACGUUCAACCUUGACGUGAAGAACAAGGAAAAUCGGGAACCUGAUCUCGGGCAAAGCAAGGGCAUGUUCAGUUCUUUCGGGAUUAAUGUUGGUGGAGGUGGGAAGUUUGUUGAACAUGACGAUUGGUUCCAUGACCGCAAGAUCUAUCUCGAUGCCUUGGAGAAUCAGCUGAAGGCGUUGCUGAAGUCUGUCGACUCCGUGGUGGCUCAGCGGAAAGGAUUGGCCGAAGCAGCGGGCGACUUUUCUGCAUCAAUUCACGCCUUGGCUGCUGUCGAGCUCUCUCCUGCACUGUCGGCCCCUUUGGAGGGUCUUUCCGACCUUCAGUUGCGUAUCAGGGAGUUAUAUGAGCGUCAAGCACAGCAGGAUGUUCUCACCCUCGGAAUUACUAUCGACGAGUACUUGCGACUGAUUGGCAGUGUCAAGACAGCGUUCACUCAACGACAAAAGGCAUUCCACAGCUGGCAUGCGGCCGAGGCUGAAUUGCAGAAACGCAAGCACACCCAGGAGAAACUGCUCAGGCAAGGAAAGACCCAACAGGAUCGCCUCACGCAGAUCAAUGCCGACGUGGCCGAUGCUGAACGGAAAUCCCAUCAGGCACGGUUGUUGUUCGAGGAUAUGGGCCGGUUGAUGCGGAAUGAACUCCAGCGAUUCGAGAAGGAGAAGGUGGAGGACUUCAAGUCUGGUGUGGAGACAUUCCUGGAGAGCGCCGUCGAAGCCCAGAAGGAGGUAUGUUUGAUUGAACUGUGGGAGACCUUCCUCAUGCAGCUCGACGCGGGAGAAGAAGGCAAUUUGCUGUAUGGUGCACCUGGGGCAGGCGAUGCUCCAACCGAAUCAGUUCCGGAGACAGCCCCAGCCGAAGCAGCGGAAGAGGCUUAA